AUGAUUCGCUCUUGUUCGGUAAUAAAUCGGAUUUCUUUUGUGAAUUCAACCAAAAACCAAAAUUUUGAUCAAGUUUCUUUCUCUACUCGUCUUGGACACUGGGUCCUGCUGGCAGCAUCUUUUCUGAUAUUUCUUCUAACAAUGCCAAUUUCAAUAUGGCUUAGUCUUAAGGUUGUACCUGAGCAUAAACGACUUGUUGUCUUUCGAUUAGGCUGGAUGUUGAAAACAAAAGGUCCAGGCAUAGUGUUUGUCCUUCCUUUGGUUGACCGUCACCAUUUGGUAGACAUCAGAACACGGGCAUUCAAUGUACCUCCACAGCAGCUACUCACUGUGGAUGGUGCUGCCAUUGAAGUUGGAGCUGAUGUCUAUCUUCGUAUUGUUAACGUACAAAAGUCGGUGACAUGUGUACAGGAUCUAAAUCAUUCCACCCGCCUCCUUGUGCAGAUGGCUCUGGUUAAGCAACUCACUCACAGGGCAUUAGAUGAAAUUGAGAAACAAAAAGCUGCCAUUGUCAACUCUGUGCAGGUUGACUGCAACAAAGCUGCUGCAGGCUGGGGUGUAGAAAUAAACCGGUGUGAACUAUCACUUGUCAAAGUCCUUAUGGGCCCAAAUUCAAAACCAACUUUACCCAAAUGUCUUUCUACUGGUGAAGAAAGGCAAUCAUCUCUUGCUGCCUUGCCUGCUCCUUUGAAACAAUUGUCUUUGGCUUUGUUAAAUAGAAAAUUUUCCAAAGGUGCAGAGAUGGGUCCUCAGGAGAGAUCCACUUGUAAAGAAGAAUCAAUCCAGAAAUUGAGUAAACCAGAGAGAAUUUUAGAUCUACUUCAAUCCGUGCUGAGUGAGGAUUUAGUCAAAGCAAUCCAGGCAGUAUACCAAAUCAAUAUUGAAUCUGAAGCAAAUGCUUACUCAAGUCUAAGUUUUGUUUUGGAUCUCAAAAAUGGUUGUGGAAAUGUGAGACAAGGAACAAGUGCAAUGGUUGAUGCCAGCCUGAUUCUCAACAUUGAAGAUCUGUUUCGAAUGAUAGAUGGACAGCUGAAGCCUCUUGCAGCUUAUAUGAAUGGCCAAUUGAAAGUGUUUGGGAAUGUGAAAGCUGCUCUCAAGUUGGACCCAUUGCUUGUCAAGCUAAGGACUGCUUUGUAG